AUGAAUAGCGGCGUGUGCUUGUGCGUGCUGAUGGCGGUGCUGGCUGCCGGCGCCCUGGCGCAGCCUGUGUCUCCCGCGGACCUCGAGGGCCCUGGGGCGCAGCGGGAGAAGGAGGCGCCCCGGAGGCAGCUGAGAGCAGUGCACAGGAUGGACGGCGAGCCGCGAGCGCACCUGGGCGCGCUGCUGGCCAGAUACAUCCAGCAGGCCCGGAAAGCUCCUUCCGGCCGAAUGUCGGUGAUUAAGAACCUGCAGGGCCUGGACCCCAGCCACAGGAUAAGCGACCGGGACUACAUGGGCUGGAUGGACUUCGGCCGGCGCAGCGCGGAGGAGUACGAGUACCCCUCGUAG